AUGGUCUCGCGCCCAUAUUCCAAAGUUUCUGAGAUUGAGCUCAUGAAUAACCUCGACUACCAACAAUGUCUUGACUGGAAUCAACGAUCUCCGGAUCAUGUUGAUACUAGCGUGCAUGAGAUGAUCGAAAGACACUUUGGGAGAUCCCCUCUCAGCCAAGCUGUGGAUGCCUGGGACGGUCAGAUGUCGUACGCGGAACUAAAUGUAAUCUCUUCGAGAGUUGCCGAAGAGCUUCGCCAGCGCGGCGUCGGUCCCGAAUCUACCGUUGCUCUAUUCUUUGACAAGAGCAUGUGGAACGUUGUGGCAACUUUGGCUGUUCUCAAAGCCGGCGGUGCAUUUGUUCCCUUGGACCCUUCACAGCCCGACAGUCGGAUCUCUUCCAUCUUGGAUCAGAUCAAAGCCAAGGUCACUCUGUGUUCCAAAACUUAUUCCCAGCGUCUGCUUCAGCUCUCUCAUCUGGUAUUCAGCUUGGACAACUCCUGGGCCCAACCAGACACAUCGUCUUUUUCUCCAAGCGUUCCGAUCGUACGCCCCUGGAACCUGGCUUAUGUCAUGUUCACCUCAGGAAGCACAGGAGAGCCCAAAGGUGUGAUGAUUGACCACUCUGCGUGCGCUGCAAGUGUCAUGGCACAUGGAAAGGCGACGGGAUUCAAUCAAAACACCAGGGCUCUUCAAUAUGCUCGCCACACUUUCGAUGCAUCCAUCGCAGAGAUUCUGACCACACUUGCGUUUGGAGGAUGCAUAGUCAUACCAUCCACCGACGAGCGGCUAGACAACAUCACAGCCGUCAUUCAAAAGAAACGAGUGAACUGGGCAUUCUUCACGCCUUCGGUGAUUCGUCUGCUCGAGCCUUUCGAAGUCCCGGGCUUGACAACUGUCGUCAUCGGCGGCGAGCCCCUUGGCCAAGACAACAUCGAGGCGUGGGCGCCCGGACGCAAUCUUAUUAACGGGUACGGUCCUACUGAGAAUACGGUAUUCUCUACCAUGCAACCCUUAUCGCUUUCCUCCAAGAUAGGAACGAUUGGACGUGGCGUAGGCACGCUUUGCUGGAUUACCGACCCCGAAGAUCCCAAUCGUUUGUCACCCCUGGGAGCAGCUGGCGAGCUCCUCCUCGAGAGCCCACAACUCGCAAGGGGCUAUCUGAACUUCGCGGAUAACGAGGGUCCAAAUCAAGCUUUUGUCCGAGACCCGCCUUGGCUUGCCAAACAUGGUCGUCGGUCCAGGCUGUAUAAAACUGGAGAUCUAUGUCGCUUCGACGAGAAUGGUGUAAUCCACUUUGAAGGACGGAAGGAUACGCAACUGAAAAUAUCUGGGCAACGUCUGGAAGCUUCUGAGGUCGAAUACCACCUCCGAGCGGCGUUCCGCACCCCUGAAGUCGUUGUAGAUGUGCUCAGUCGACCUACCCAAGACAACAAGACGCAGUCUAAAGUUCUCGUCGCCUUUGUUUGCUUAAGAAGGACAUCUGACAGCAACACAGCCGAUACGUCAAACUGCAUCAUGACCUAUCGACACCUGCCACUCCUAGAAGCCAUUCCUCAGGUCGAAGCAGAAAUCUCUCAGAAGUUGCCAUCAUGGAUGCGUCCAUCAAUCUAUAUCCCUCUCUCAGACUUCCCUCUGAGCCCGAAUGGCAAGGCUGACGUCAAGAGGCUCCGACGCGAAGCCGCAUCUCUGACCGCCGAGCAAUUCUACAUCUUCACUCAGAUUGAGUCUAUCGUGCAGGUUGAAGAGACACCAAAGCUCCGUCUCAUGCGAGAAUUAUGGACUGAAGUGCUUGGAAUACAUUCUGCCGCGAUCACGGCUACAAGCAGUUUCUUCCGUCUUGGUGGGGACUCGCUCGCAGCCAUCAGCCUAGUAACUGCUGCUCGCAGAAAAGGCUUAGGGUUGAGCGUCGCUCAGAUCUUCAAGAGUCCUUCCUUGCAUGAUCUCUGCCAACUUCUGACUCAGUUCAGGAAGAAUACAGUUGAAAUACAACCGCUCGAGCUCCUCGAUAAAGAAAGUUUGGGAGAAGUGCUCAACGAGAUUUCCUCCGAAUGUGUCAUUGACACAGAGGACGUGGAAGACGCCUUUCCUUGUACUCCUUUACAAGAAGGUCUCAUGGCACUGUCUUCUUCGACAUCCAACUCUUACUUGGUACAAUAUGUUCUUGACCUCGCCGUCGACAUUGAUAUCGCAAGGUUGAAAACGGCUUGGGAGACUGUCGCAAGAGCUCAUGGAAUGCUUCGUGUUCGUCUGGUUGAUACCAUUAAUUCAGGUAUACUUCAAGUCAUCGUACGAGAGAAUCUGAUUUGGAAUGAAAGUUUCAACCUCGAAGAGUACCUCAAGAUGGACUUGGACGCACCCUCCACCUUUGGAGUACCACUCAAUCGAUUCGGCAUUGUCUAUGCCUCGAACGGGGACGCUUCUCAUAUGAUCUGGACGGUGCAUCAUGCUGUGACUGAUGGCCAAGCCGUUAGCAUCACUCUGCAAUCAGUUCGGGAUGCGUUUCACGGUGCAAUGAAGCCCGUAGAAUCCUCUUUUCCCGCGUUUAUCAAGCACUUCAAGAAUAUGCACAUGGAAUCUGCAUCGAGAUACUGGAGCUCGGUUUUUGAAGGAGGAGAAUUCGCGUCAUUCCCGAGGAAACCAGCAGCAAUUGUUGGAGCCAAGGAGCAUCAAGGACAAGCUUUCGCUCGCCGUAAUGUUCCUCUUCUAUCCUCAAGCACGAAUGCCACGGCGACUACAAUGCUCCGAGCAGCUUGGGCAUUGGUCAUUAGUCGCUUCAGCAACUCUGACGAUGUCGUCUUCGGCGUUACAUCCUCUGGAAGAAAUGCUCCUUUUGACAACAUUGAGUCCAUUCUUGGGCCGAUCAUCGCUACUGUUCCACUGAGGAUAAGAUGCGAGGGCACGACCACAGUCCGCGGCUUGCUUGACAGCAUACAGAUGAGCACAAUCAACAUGAUUCCUUUUGAGCAGAUGGGAAUACAAAAUAUUGCUCGCAUCAACCCUUCAUGCCGAUCAGCCUGCGACUUCCAGACCAUGAUGAUCGUACAGCCAGAAGUCGACAUGGCUAUGGAAGGCGAUCCUUUCAUCGGCUUCGACAGGCCUCAGGACCUUGACAAGUUCAGAUCCCACGCCAUUAUGUUUGAAUGCAAUCUUGGAAAGCAUGAAGUCUUUCUGAAUGUGAACUACGAUCCUCGAUUUGUCGAAGCCCCCCGCAUGGAACGCCUUGUCGACUACUUCGAAAACGCUCUUGAGUUCCUGGCGUCCUCCGGAGACCAGGUCCUAGAGGAUUUCUUCAACAAGCCGAUAUCAAAUGAUCUUUCUGACAUCAAGAGGUGGAACCAAUACCUACCCCAAACGGUUGAUUCGUGUGUUCACGCCAUCUUUGAAGAACACGUACGCACGCAACCUGGCUCCCAAGCCGUCUUCGCAUGGGAUGGUCUUCUCACCUUCUCCCAACUAGACAAAAUGGCAUCUCAGCUCGCUAGAGUUCUGAUGGAACUGGGUGUUGGACCGGAAACUAUGGUCCCAUACUGCUUCGAAAAGUCGAUGUAUACCGUCGUCUCAAUGCUUGCCAUUCUCAAAGCUGGAGGUGCGAUGGUACCUCUUGAUCCGGCACAUCCACCAGAGCGGAAGAGAUUUAUCAUUCAAAACACUCAAGCAAACGUGGUCGUUGCUUCCAGAGCCAAUUCAGAUGCGUUUCUUGAACUGGAUGUUAUCACCGUUGUCGUUGACUCGAGUUUCUUCACCAAACUCGAGGACGUUGGGGUUCCUAGUUUUUCCAAUCACGAAGUUACCUCAAGCAAUGCCGCAACCGUUCUCUUCACGUCUGGCAGCACUGGAAAGCCUAAGGGUGUUAUCCAAGAGCACAAGACCUUAUGCUCAGCGGCCUAUGCUCACUCUGAUGGCAUGCAAAUGUCCAAGAAGUCUAGAAUCCUACAAUUCUCCGCUCACGUCUUCGACGUCAGCAUCAUUGAGAUUGCCAAUUCGUUCGUUCUUGGAGCUUGCAUCUGUGUACCGUCUGACGAAGAACGAAUGAAUGAUCUCACAGGUUUCAUUACGAGAUCUCAGGCGAACUGGGCCUUCUUCACUCCAUCCUUCGCGCGAACUCUCGAACCCAAGGAUCUCACCGGUAUGAAAACUAUCUGCAUGGGUGGAGAAGCUAUGGCCAUGGAUAGUCUUGAGAAGUGGUCUGGGGUCGUGCAGCUCAUCAAUGCUUAUGGACCUUGCGAAGGCAGUGUCUGUACUACCGCCAAUGCCAGCAGCGGUACUUUCAAGGCAGAUUCUAUUGGCCAUGGAAGCAACACUCUCGUCUGGAUCGUUGAUCCAAAUAACCACGACAUCCUGGCACCCAUCGGCAGCAUCGGUGAGAUUUUGAUCGAAGGGCCAAGUAUCGCUCGUGGAUAUCUCGGGGAUCCGGAAAAGACUGCCAAGUCAUUCAUCGGCAAUCCAGCUUGGAUCACUCAAUUUCAGGCUGGUUGUACUGUCAGAAGAAUGUACAAAACGGGCGACCUUGGCAUGUUAAACUCUGAUGGCUCGAUAUCUUACCUUGGACGGAAAGAUGCGCAGAUCAAACUUCGCGGACAAAGAGUUGAGCCUGGAGAAGUGGAACAUCAACUCGCGCAGCUGUUGCCAUCAGGUUCCAUUGUCGCAGUUGACGCCAUCAUGCUCUCUGGUUCUUCAGGCAACUCGCUGGUUGCUUUUAUACAGCUGCCGAAUCAAGGCUUCGGGUUUGCAGAGACAAAGGACAUUAUCGAGGGGCUCUCUGAUCGCUUGAAGCAACAAUUGGCUUCCGUGCUUCCUGCCUAUAUGGUUCCUUCACACUUCAUCCCAGUCGAACACAUCCCGUUUACCCCGACUGGAAAGCUCGAUCGGCGCGCACUCAAGGAGUAUGCUUCGACCUUGCGCAUUGUCGAAAACCCAGGAAGCACCAAUGUCGAGGGAGACGCCGAAGUACUUACGGCCAACGAAUAUGUCGCCCAGAGUAUCAGCAACAAGCUGGCCGAACUCUUGUCGAAUGGGGAUCCUGGGAGAGUAGAAGCCUUGCGUGGCCACGAUUUCAACCCUUACUACGCCGGGAUGGACUCUAUCCAAGUCAUCUCCCUCUCGACAUUCAUUCGGAAAUCUUACAACGUCAGCAUCCCUAUCCAAAAGUACAUGAACAGCGCGGCAACUGUGAGAGAUAUUGCUCAAUUAAUCCUUGAUGAUCAGCAAUGCUCCGACGAGGAUAAAACUAUCGACUUGUUGCAUGAGAUUGAACUUCAUGAUCAAACACUCACAGCUUUGCCGUUGCCAAGGUCAGGAACGGAUGCCGGGCAUAUCCUUCAGACCAUUUUCCUAACAGGAGCAACCGGAUUUCUUGGCAACCAACUGCUGGCUCAGCUCCUGCAACGUUCUGAGACUCGGAGGGUCGUGGUGCUGGUCCGAGGCCAAGAUUCUCUCCAUGCCACUGAUCGACUCUUGUCUCUUGUGCGUGGCAGCAGCUGGUGGCAUGAAGAGUACAUCGAUCGAAUCGAAGUCUGGCACGGCGACCUAUCUGUUACUCACCUUGGUCUUUCAGACGCACAAUGGCAUCGUCUGGAUGGCACAAGCGUUGAUGGCGACUUGAUCGAUGCGGUGGUGCACAACGGCGCGGUGGUCAACUGGAUGGCAGACUAUCAGGCUUUGACGCCGGCCAAUAUUCUUUCCACAGUCAACAUUCUGACAGCUUUGACAAAGGCGACGGUAUCUCGUCCAAUUCGCCUAACCUACGUAUCUGGUGGUCACUUGUCCACCUCUCCAGACAAUGUUGGGGAGAUUGCUGCAGAACUGAAUUCGUAUCCGGCCUACAGUCAGACCAAAUUCGUUGCCGAAGUUCUUGUUGCGCGCUAUGCUGAGCGACUAACCCAAGCUGGCUACGGCUCACUGGUCACAAUUGUCAAACCUGGCCUCAUCAUGGGCAGCUCUUCGGAUGGUAUUUCCAACACGGAUGAUUUCCUCUGGCGAGUAACAGCCAGCGCAAUGGAAAUUGGGAUUUUUGACAAUGGCGAGCGCGACCUGUGGCUUGCCGCUGCAGGGGUCGAUCUUGUAGCCAAGACCAUUCUCGAAAGCUGUUUCGGCGGUGAAAGUAGUGGAGAACAUUCCAUUGUCAAGAAGGUUCUGAACGGUCUUACUCUGGGAGAGUACUGGGACAUUGUCAGGCAAGAAACAGGCCGUCUCAUGGAACCAACCGAUUCCAACCGGUGGCUGCGCAGCCUGCACGAAGAGGUCGAAGCGAAAGGGCCAACUCACAGGCUUUGGCCUGUUCUUCAUUUCGUCGACGACACUGGUGGCAGACUAGGUCAGCCUCUGGGGGCGAUGACGAUAGAAGACAAGCUUGAGCACCAAGACAUGGUGAAAUCAGCCCUCAGAAAGAGCCUCCGGUAUCUGGUCGCCAUCGGAUACAUGCAAACAAGUAGGACGAGUAGCGUGGAUGGGGAUAGCUCGAGCGAGCCUGCGCUGUCGGUUCCUAGGCCAACUGUCUUUUCAAGAACGCCAACAACGCCGGUUUGGAACCAGGCAUCAACCGACAAGAAACUUUUGGGACAUGGUAGCGAGGGCGUCAAGCUGGCAGGUUCGGUCAUGGUCACACCGUUAAGAACACCUAGCCCCUCAUCAGAAGCCAUGUAA